AUGGUUACAGCAGCAGGAGUCUCCACAACCUUGGUGGCUUUAGGAAUGUUUUUACCAGCGGAGGCUACGGAGGAGAAGGAAGAGGAGAUGGGAUGUGCCUGGGGUUUGGUGGCUGGUGUUAGCAGAGGCAUUGAGGAGGUCCGUGUCAACACCAGCCUGUUGAGGGCAAUAGAUGUACAAGUUGACCCUGAGUUCCAGAGAGUGAGAUUGGAUGAGAAAGAGCAGAUUAAGGAUCUCAACAACAAAUUUGCAUCGUUCAUCGAUAAGGUCCAGUGUCUUGAGCGGCAGAACCAGGCUCUGAUCGCCAAAUGGGAACUGCUGCAGCAGCAAAGUGUCGGACCAGAAGAGAGCAGAAACAUCACCUCCUUCUUCCAGUCUUACAUCAGCAACCUGCAGAGGCAGCUGGAAACGCUCCAGAGCCAGCGGGAGCAGCUGGAUCCGGAAGCUUACAAUAUGCUUCAGUUUGUGGAGGAUUAUAAAAAGAGAUUCGAGGAUGAGAUCAACAAGCGCGCCUCCAAAGAAGAGGAGUUUGUGGAGCUUAAAAAGGAACUGGACAGCGUUUACAUGGGAAAAAUGGAAUUUGACAUUCGGGUGGAAAUCCUGAAGCAGGAGCUUGAGUUCCUCAGAUGCUUGCAUGAAGCUGAGCUGUCCCAGCUACAAACAGUAGUUGGCAACACCAAUGUCGUUCUGUCCAUGGAUGACAGUAGAGAACUGAACAUGGACGGCAUCAUUGAAGAAGUCAGGCAGGAGUACGAGACAAUUGCUCAGAGAAGCAAAGCUGAAGUAGAUGCCAUGUACCGGGGCAGGUACCAGGACCUGCAGAACAUGAGGAGGAAGCUCUGUAUCUCAUGUCUGUCUCACCAGAAAGAGAUCGAACAGCUGAGUUCUGUGCUCCAGAGAAGGCAGCUUGACCUAGAAAAUGUGAAGAAGCAGGCAAUAGAGAUCCCUGACAGGCCAUGUGAUGCUGAGCAGCGUGGGGACUGUGCCCUCAAAGAUGCCCAGGAGAAGGACGCUGAGCUGCAGAAUGCCCUCCAGAAGGCCAAGGAUGAGCUGGCUUGCAUGCUGCGGGAUUACCAGGAGCUGCUGAAUGCCAGACUGGCCCUGGAUAUUGGGAUUGCAACGUAUAAGACUCUACUGGAGGGUACAACCAUGUGUGGGCAGUGUUCAGCCCUUGGGACUCUUCAGCAAAGAAGGUUGGAAAAUGCAAGGAAUGCAAGUGAUGUGACGGAUGGCUUCGUGACCUUCUCCUGCAGGAUACGCUUUGGGAGCCCUAUGAGAACAUGUAGGUAA